AUGCAUACGACUUCAGCAGUAGGCUUGACCGCGUUGACUGCAGCAACACUAGGCUGUAUAUUCGGAUCAGGCCUUGUGUUUUGGCUCUUCACUCGUUUUGGUCUUUCUUUGUUUUUGGCUCAACUGGCUUUAUUUCACUUGUUGGAAUACCUCAUCACAGCUCGAUUCCAACCAUCUAAGCUCUCAUUCGAUUCAUUUAUUCUCAACAAUGGUAACUCUUAUUGGUACGCGAUGUUGCUUGGCGUUAUUGAAUAUUGUCUCUGCCGAGGAAACUCUGGUCCCGGGUUGCUGAGCAAGUUGUUUAUGCCUAGAUGGAUCUGCGCUAGCAUUCGUUUAAUCAUGCUCCUUGUCGGCUUAGUAGCAGUCGUUAUUGGACAAGCAUUGCGUUCUUUUGCCAUGAUUCACGCCGGCGAGUCGUUCUCACACGUUGUUGCUACUGAAAAAAAACAAGAACACAAGCUUGUAACCGAUGGUAUUUACCAUUACGUGCGCCAUCCUUCCUAUGCUGGCUUUUUUGUGUGGGCAUUGGGAACACAGUUGUGUCUGCGCAACGUUUUCAGCACUGCUAUCUUUGGCUACGUUCUCUGGCGCUUCUUUGACAGUCGUAUUCACUAUGAAGAGCAACAUUUGACUACUUUCUUUGGAGAUGCUUACAAGGAGUACAAGAGCCGCGUGCCAAGUGGUUUGCCUGGCAUUCACUAA